AUGUCGUCUAGUUCACACUAUAGUAUCAUUGUUCUCUGCUGUUUUAUAAUAUCAGUGUUUGGAAAAAAUUGUUUUUGGAAUUCUCAAUGUGCCUUCAACCAUUUCUCAAGCAAAACCCCUUACAACUGUAUCAGAGGUGACCUGAGAGAUUCAUUCGUGAAGGUUAAAGGCUGCGAACCGAUAAGCGUUUGGGGACUUAUAAGACAUGGUAAAAGAACUCCAGGUAUAGACUUUCUCUAUCAAAUAAGAGAAGCGGUGACAUUUAAGGAUUACAUAGUUGAUAGUUUUAAUAAGGGUAAUAGCUUUUUGUGUGCACAAGACGUCGAAAAUAUAAAGAACUGGUUCGAUGAGAGGAAAGUAUUUGAAAGAGUGCAGUCUUUAACUGAAGAGGGCUAUCAAGAACUUUUUGGUAUUGGUAAAAGACUAAAGGAGACAUUUAAGGAAUUUUUAAGAGAUCUUGGUAACAGUAGUUAUAGAAUAAGGUCAGCUUACGGUCCGUGGGUAGAAAAUGGGGCAGAGGCCUUUGUUAAAGGUUUGUCUGAUAUUCCAAUAUACGUGGAACCAGCGUAUCCUAGCAAUGAUAUUAUAGCUCCGUAUGAAUCGUGUCCCAACUUCCUCAAAGAAGUUAGAGAUAAUCCAGAUACGUAUUAUGAAGCGUCUAAAUAUAAACAAUCUGAAGAAUUCCAGGCGUCAAAGGCGCAAAUUCAGAAGAGAAUGGCUAUUGAAUAUAACCUUACAAAUAAAAAUGUAACCUCCCUAUAUGACCUCUGUCGGUACAGCUGGUCUGGUAUAGACAGCAAGCCGAGUCCCUGGUGUGCCCUGUUUACGUUAGAAGACCUCAUAGUAAAUGAAUACCAUGGAGAUUUGCGGCAUUACUACAGAAAUGGACCUGGAAAUCGUUACAGUGAAAUAUUUGGUCGCUUGCCUCUAUCUAACCUCUAUGAAACAUUUGAAAAUGUGAAAUCGGGUGGAAAUAUGAAAAUGACCAUUUAUUUCUCUCAUGCUACUAUGAUGGAUAUGGUUUAUAGUGCUCUAGGAUGGUUCACGGAUAAGGAACCAUUAACUCACGCAUAUAGAAACCCGAGAAGAAAGUGGAAGUCUUCCAAAUUGGGUGCCUUUGCGGCAAACUUAAUAGUAGUUUUACAUAGAUGCUUAGAAGAUAACAAGGAAGACUAUAAAGUAACGUACUAUAUUAACGAAGAAGCUGUGACAUCAGUAUGCUCUGACGGCAUUUGUUGUGAACCAGUAAGUAUAUGGGGAAUAUAUCGCCAUGGAAAAAGAGAACCCGGCGUUAAAUUCGCAGAAAGCAUGAAACAAGCUUUACCUAUAAGGAAUUAUAUCACUGCAAGUUAUAAAAAAGGCCGCAGUUCACUUUGUGCUCAGGAUGUUGAAAAUUUACAGAAUUGGGAAUUAAAUCAUAAUAUUUUAAACGGUAAAAGUGAUCUGACAGAGGAAGGCCGUAAAGAAAUGAUUGGGCUCAGCAAGCGCCUCAAGGAAGUUUUCCCAGAUUUAUUGAGCAAUCUUCGCCAUGGAGAUUAUUCUUUUAGAUCUGCUUCAGGUUUUUGGAUAGAAAAAAGUAUCCAACAUUUCGUAAAGAGCUUAGGAGAAGACUUAACAAUAGAAAAAGUAAAAGAUGCAGAUGUGAUGGCUCCAUAUGCAACAUGUGGUUCCUACCAGAAAGAUGUCCAGCGAAAUCCUAAUAUUUAUGCAGAAGCUGAGAAGUAUAUGCAGCAUUCAGAAUAUUUAGCAACCAAAGACAGAAUACAGAGACGUACUGGCAUUGAUUACACGCUCACCGACGACAAUAUCACAGCUUUAUACGACUUGUGUCGAUACACGUGGUCUGCUGUUGAUAAUAAAUUCAGUCCCUGGUGCGCUCUCUUCACAAAAGAUGAUUUAGAAGUCCUUGAAUAUAUUCAAGAUCUGAAACAUUACUAUAGGAAUGGUUAUGGUACGUCAGUCAACGAACUUUUUGGGAGAGUGCCAUUAGCAAACCUGUUAGAGAGUUUCGAAAACGUCAAAAAAGGACAUGGAAAGAAAAUUGUAACUUACGUUACUCACGCUACUAUGUUAGAUCAAAUAUAUACGGCUUUAGGACUUUUUAAGGAUACCGCCAAGUUGAAUGGCUUAAAUAGGGAUCGUGAAAGGAAAUGGAGAACUAGCAAGUUAUCUGUGUUCUCUGCCAAUUUGAUAGCUGUUUUAAACAGGCGAGUAUUAAGAUUAUUAAGAUGUACAAACAAUUCAGAAGACUAUAACGUGGUGUUCUACUUAAACGAAGAGCCAAUGAGAUCGAUAUGCGAGGAGGGUGUUUGUUCCUGGCGAGAAUUCGAGAACAAAUUGCGACCAUUUAUUAACACAACUAUCGACUUUUGUGAGUUUCGAAGUGAGCCUUAUUAA